GAAGCCGAUACCUAAGGUUGCUGCCAGGGCUGUCGGUGCUCCUGAUGUUGUCUUCAGUUCUGAACUCUAGCGCCUCUGCAGCUGCAGCCUGUGCUCCGUGGUGCCCUCCGAACUCCACAUGUGUCAGUGCCACUGCCUGUCGUUGCCUUCCGGGAUUCAGUUCUUUGUCUGGAGAGAUCAUCACCAACCCGUCGGAGAGCUGUGAUGACAUCAACGAGUGUGGGCCACCCCUGACAGUGUCCUGUGGGAGAUUUGCAGACUGCCAGAACACUAAUGGGAGCUACCACUGCACGUGCAUCCCAGGAUAUGAGCUUGUGUCUGGGGGAACAACAUUCAGGAAUGAGAGUGAGAACACAUGUCAAGAUGUGGAAGAAUGUAAGCAGAAGCCCCAAAUAUGUAAAAGUCGCAGCAUCUGCGUCAACACUCAGGGCAGCUACACCUGCAAGUGCUAGCCCGGCUUUGAGCUCAACCCGAGGGACCCAAAGCUGUGCACAGAUGUGAAUGAAUGUUCCGGGGGUCUGAACACCUGCCACCAGACCACCCACUGCCUGAACUUCGUGGGAGGCUAUGAGUGCCGCUGCCGCCCUGGCUGGAAGCCAGUCCCUGGGUCCCCCAAUGGCCCAAACAACACUGUCUGUGAAGAUGUGGAUGAGUGCAGCUCCGGGCAGCACCCGUGUCACACCUCCACCCACUGCGUCAAUACUCUGGGGUCAUACAAGUGCCGCUGCCCCCAGGGCUGGGCGCCCAAACCUGGAUUCUCCAAUAACCAGAAAACCACUGUCUGUGAAGAGAUGUCCUUCCCCACCUGGACACCCCCGCCCCCUUCAAUCAAGAGCCAGAGUCUCUCCCACUUCUUUGAAAGACUCCAGGAUCUGGGCAGAAAUGUCAUGUCAGCCCAGAAAACCAUCCGGGACAUCACACAAUUGGUGGAUAAUCUGCUGGACAACCCAGGGGACUUGGAGACCCUGCCCUACUCAGAGCAGCACUGUGUGGCCACUAACUUGCUUGCUGGCCUGGAACAUGCGCUGACAGGCCUGGGCAAGGCCCUGCCCAAUGGAUCACUGACGUUCAGUUCACCUGCAGGCACAGAACUGUCCAUUGAGGUGCAGGAGAAUGGAGACAGGAAUGCCACCUUGAAUCAGAAUCAGGCGCAGAUGAUGCUGAACUGGGGCGUGGCAUCAGAAUCUGGUUCCUCAGGUCCUUCUGUGGUGGGCCUUGUCACCAUCCCAGGGAUGGGCAAAUUGCUGACAGAGGCCCCUCUGGCCCUGGGGACUAAGAAGGAGGCAGUUCUGCAUGAGACACACGAGCAUUUUCUACAAAACAUCUCUUUCAUACUGCGCUCAGAUGUCAUCUCUGCCUUUAUGAGCAGCAGUGCUACCCAAAACCUCAACUCCUCUGUCACCUUUGUCUUCAAGCAUGUGAAGACCCUUGAGUCAAGGCAGAGGAUACUUUGUGUCUACUGGCAGCGUGAUCAGGAUGGAUGUGGUGGUCACUGGGCUACCAAAGGCUGCUGGAUGGUGAGCACCAAAGACACCACUACCACCUGCCAAUGUACCCCCCUCAGCAGCUUUGCUGUCCUCAUGGCCUCCUACAGUGUGCAGGAGGAAGAUCCUGUGCUGGUUGUGAUCACCUACGUGGGACUGAGCCUCUCUCUGCUCUGCCUCUUCCUGGCGGCCCUCACUUUCCUGCUGUGCAAACCCAUCCAGAACACCAGCACCUCCCUCCACCUGCAGCUCUCACUCUGCCUCUUCUUUGCCCACCUGCUCUUCCUCACAACCAUUGAGAGAACUGAAAUCAAGGUCUUGUGUGCUGUCAUCGCAGGUGCCUUACACUAUCUCUACCUGGCCUCCUUCACCUGGAUGCUGCUGGAGGGCCUGCACCUCUUCCUCACUGCACGCAAUCUGAUGGUGGUCAACUAUGCUAGUGUCAACAGGUUCAUCAAGAAAUUUAUGUUCCCUGUGGGCUAUGGAGUCCCGGCUGUGAUUGUGGCCAUUUCCGCAGCAGCCAGGCCUGAUCUUUAUGGAACACCUGCCCGUUGCUGGCUCCACACAGAGAUGGGGUUUGUAUGGGGCUUCCUUGGACCAGUGUGUGCCAUCUUCUCUGUCAAUAUAGUUUUCUUCCUGGUGGCACUCUGGAUUUUGAAAAAUAGACUCGCUUCCCUCAACAGUGAUGUGUCCACCAUUCAGAACACAAGAGUGUUGACAUUUAAAGCUACUGCUCAACUCUUCAUCUUGGGAUGCACAUGGUGUCUGGGAAUCCUGCAGGUGGGUUCAGCUGUCCAGGUCAUGGCCUACCUGUUCACCAUCAUCAACAGCUUGCAGGGUGUCUUCAUCUUCCUGGUCUACUGCCUCCUCAGCCAGCAGGUCCGGGAGCAAUAUGGAAAAUGGUUCAGAAGUGUCAGAAAAUUGAGAACUGAUUCUGAGAGCCACACACUCUCCAGCAGGGUCAUUUCUGAUGCCUCCAAACCAAGCAUGGAUAAUUGUAAUGAACAGUCAAACCAGAUGAUGUCUCCUGGAAAAAGAGGAAAACAAUGAAUUGUCAUUCUUUGGGCAAAG